CUUCCAUGCCUGGCUCUGGCCUGGGUGAAGGGGACUCUGCAGUCAGAGAGAGAUCAUGUAUGCUCUCACAUACUGUGGUUGCCAACCUCACCACAAGGAGAACCCUAGGCUGGCACCCACAACCAUGGCCACAUUCCUCCUGGUGGCUGAGUGACCUAGAGGCACUAGGGACUACUCUCAUCAUGGCUCCUCUGGUAGGAGGAUAUGUCUCUUCUCUCUGAGCUUUCACAUCCUCACAGUAGAAUAAAGAUGACUGUAACCGACUGCCUCACCCCCAGGGUGUUCAGCACAGUCCCUGCCACUCGAUCAGGUCACAGUAUUGAGAUCCAUCCCCCCACCACCACUCCUGGGUCAGCCUAGAACCUCUCUUUGCAUCUUCAUCCCCUAUCUGUGAGAUGGAGCUCAGUCUGUGGGAGCCAGGGUCCCCCUGUGGAAACUGCUUACGUGUCACCUCCAGGGCCCUGGGGGAAGGGAAGAGGACAGUGAGGUGUCGGUUCCCUAUUGGCCUGAACCACAAAUAACUCGAAUGCACAGCUGCACCCCAACCGCAGUGCAAGCUCCAUGAAGUAACUUCAGAGGCCAUGAGGCUGGCCCUGCCAUUGCUACUACUGUUCGGGUGCAAGGCCACCCUGGGAAGCCUUGGGGACAGGCCUCCGCUCUCAGCUACUGCUCCAGUGCUGGAUGACGAGGAGAAGUACGCAUCUUAUAUGCCUGUUCACCUGCGCUGUGAUGCCUGCCGGGCUGUGGCCUACCAAAUGGGGCAACAUCUGGCAAAAGCAGAAGCUAAAUCUCACGGUCCAGACUCCAGUGGACUGCAGGAGCUGAGCGAGUCAGUAUACACAGAUGUCCUGGACCAGACCUGCUCUCAGAACUGGCAGUCCUAUGGAGUUCAAGAAGUGAACGGGAUGAAACGUCUCAUGGGCCCAGGACUCAGAAAGGGGACAGAGCCUAGCAUCAGCGUGAUGAUUACUGGGGGUCCCUGGCCCAAUAGGCUCUCCACGACGUGUUUCCAGAACCUGGGAGAGUUUGGAGAGGAUCAGAUCUACGAAGCCUACCGCCAAGGCCAUGAGGCCCUGGAGGCCUUGCUGUGUGGUGGCCCUCAGGGUUCCUGCUCACUGGAAAACCCAAGAGAAGAGCUUUAGUACAAGUGGUACACCUGCAGAUCUUCUCUCCAUAUAUAUAUAUUAAAUUAAUGGUUGCUU